CUCUGCUUCCUCAUUUCAAUAUUAACUGUUUAUCAGAAGAGAAACAGGUUUGGGGAUAGGCUGGUUUUUUUUUGGUUAGUGAGGUUUUUUCUCUUCACAGUAGCAGAUGGAGCUUCCUCAAACUGCCCAGUGCUGUUUUUCAUUUUAAAAGAGACAGGACUGUGGAAGUGUUUCACUUUCUGCUCUAGCUGGUGUAUAGUAACAGCAGCAAAGCUGAGUGCCGCUGCUACUCUGCUCUCAGAGCAAACCUGUUAAAGGAUUUUUCCCCCCUCCAUAAAUCAAUAGGCAUGACACAGCUGCAGUUCAAAGAUGCAUUUUGGUGCAAGGAAUUCACUGUCCACUCUGGCUAUGAGGUGCUUCUCCAGCGAAUGUUGGAUGGGAGAAAGAUGGCAAAAGAUGUGGAGGACUUGCUCAAACAGAGGGCACAAGCAGAAGAGAGAUAUGGGAAAGAGCUGGUUCAAAUUGCCCGAAAAGCAGGAGGACAAACCGAAAUCAACACUCUGAAGGCAGCAUUCGAGGUCCUAAAGCAACAAAUUGAAAAUGUUGGAAACUCUCAUAUCCAACUGGCAUUGAUGCUGAAGGAUGAAUUGAAAGGAAUAGAGGAUUUCAGAGAAAGACAGAAGGAGCAACGAAAAAAGUACGAGAUUGCAAUGGAACGUGCGCAAAAGAGCAAGGUGUCCCUUUAUAAGAAAACAAUGGAGUCGAAGAAGACCUACGAGCAGAAGUGCAAGGAUGCAGACGAGGCUGAGCAGGCCUUCGAGAGGAUAAGCGCUUCAGGCAACCAAAAGCAAACAGAAAAGAGUCAGAACAAAGCCAAGCAAUGCAAAGACACAGCCAAUGAAGCAGAAAGGGCGUACAAGCAGUAUAUAGAACAGCUGGAUAAGGCCAGAAUGGAGUGGGAGAAGGAACAUAUCAGCACCUGUGAGGCCUUUCAGCUCCAGGAAUGUGAUCGUAUCACCAUCCUCCGGAACUCCCUUUGGGUUCAUUGUAACCAGCUGUCCAUGCAGUGUGUGAAGGAUGAUGAGAUGUAUGAAGAGGUUCGAGUGAGCUUGGAGAACUGCAAUGUAGAAUCAGACAUGGAUUACUUCAUUAAGAAUAAAAUGACAGGAACAGAUCCACCAGUUCCAAUAGGAUAUGAGAAUUAUUAUGCCAGAGAAUCUCCUAGAUGUAGCAACAGCCCAGUCCAGUCUUAUGGGAUGAUGAAAAGAUUCUCCGGAUUGUUACAUGGAAAUAGCAGAAACUCCAGUGAAACCAUCAUUCCCACAGCCCCUCCUAUAGACGAGAAAGUGGAUGGAGUCUACGCAGCUAUUAAUGUGGGUGAACAAGCAGCGACCACACCAUCACAGGAUUACAGAGUGCUCUACGACUACACAGCCCAGAGCACCGAUGAACUGGACAUCAGUGCAGGAGACAUCAUAGCAAUCGUCGCAGAAGGCGAGGAUGGCUGGUGGACAGCAGAAAGGAAUGGUCAACAAGGAUUUGUACCGGGGUCUUAUCUCGAAAAGCUUUGACAAAAAGAUGCAUCUACUUUAAGACCUUAAAAAUACCUUAUUCUCUAAAAUGGCACACAUGGUCAGCCAGGGCUCACCAAGAGGAGCCCAUAUCAUUGUCUUCUAAGAUUAUCACUUGGGGCUAACAAAUUGUCCAUGCCUUUUUCUUUAGGCCUCUCUCCCCCCACACUGGAGUUUUCCCAGAGACACUGCAGGUGUUUCCCUCUUACAAGGGCUUUUAUCCCUUUGACUGAUCCAUCAACAUUGCAUUGAACACAUUCCAUCAGCACCUCAAAGUUAUGACAAGUAUGGAAAAAAAAACAAAAAUUUCUCUGCACCAAAAAAAAAAAAUUGCUUAUAAAAAUGGAAAAUGAGAAAUGUCCCUCAGUAAGUCUAUCACCUCCUGAUAGGCUUGGAGACACUCUUGUGCUAACAGUCAUUCUCUACCAAUUAUCUUUUUCUUUAUCUGCAUAAGUAGAAUAGGCAUCUUUGACAGAGGUGUGGAAUAUGGGGAUGGUGGUGUAGGUAUGCUGUGCUCAGGAUGAAGACAUAGCAGGGUCUUGGCUAUACGACAUGAGACAGAAGUUCAUGCAAUCCCCCUCCCCAACCCCAAAUGCAUGAAUGGGAGAAACGGGUAAGGAUUCUCCACCUAUUUUAUCAUCAGAGCGACUAGGG